AAUGUCAGCAACACUGUCAGAACAACAAGACAAAAAUACAGCAAAAAGAUCAAGACUCCUCACUGCUGUCAGAGAUCAACGUCAUAUCUCCUACACCGCAACACAAACCAAAGAGAAUACAGGUUUGAGAAAACUGCAGCCAGUCCCCCUCAUGAGCAGGGACGACCUCCUUCUGUUAAGGAUCCUGAUGACUGCUGCUUCAAAUUCUACCCGAGAAGCAUGAACAAAAACUUGAUCCAGUCAUAUUAUACGACUGAUUACCACUGCCCGAGGACUGGAGUCAUUUUGCUGACCAGAAAGUCUCGUCACAUCUGUGUGGAUCCCAAUCUCCCCUGGGUUAAGAAAAUCAUGAAAAGUCUGGAUGAAGCAAACUUGUAAACCAGCUCCCUGUCUGGAAAAAGCCUCGCCCCUCUGCAAAGUUACUUUUGUUGCUUUAAUAAAUCACAUAAUGUGAAAUGACAUGUCAUUUACAAUAUAGUAAUGAUUUUGGUAUUAAUGUGCAAACCUCAUUUUGAGCCUGAAUUGGCUAAUUUAUCUUUUUUGUAAUGUGUUUUAAAUGCUUUGUAUUGCUCACAAUAUC